CAGGGCGGCGGGGCCGCUCCUCCCCGCGGCGUCACUGACGGCAGCCGCGGCUCCCAAGAUGGCCGCCCGGCCGGGGCGGUGGCCGGUGGGAAUGGGGCGCCGGUGGCGAGGGGUGGCCGAGGCCCCGUUCCCUUUCCUCCUCUUCCUCUGGUUCGCAGCCGUGAGGGCAGCAGCGAGCUCGGAGCCGCCGCUCAAGUGCGACGAGCUGCGGCUGGGGCAAUAUAUGUGUGAUGAGCCUAAAAUAGACAAUAGUACACAAGAACCAAUGAAUUGUACAAAUCACACGGCGUAUGUUCAGUGUCUGCCAGCACCAAAUAUAACCUGUAAAGAUCACCUUGGCGUAGAAAAAGUCUUUACUGGACAUGAAGUUGGAUUUUACAAGCCUAUUGCAUGCCGCAAUGUAAAUGGAUACUCCUACAAAGUGGCAGUGGCUCUGUCCUUAUUUCUUGGAUGGUUGGGAGCAGAUAGAUUUUAUCUAGGCUAUCCUGCCUUAGGUUUGUUAAAGUUCUGCACAGUAGGAUUUUGUGGAAUUGGUAGCCUAAUUGAUUUCAUACUUAUUUCAAUGCAGAUUGUUGGACCUUCUGAUGGCUCUAGUUACAUUAUAGACUACUACGGAGCAAGGCUCACGCGGCUCACGAUUACCAACGCAACAUUCAGGAAAAUGCAGAGCUACCCUUAACCCCGGCAGUAAGUGUCUCGUGUAUGCAUAAGUACAUUUUAUUUUACAGAUGGAUCCAGUCGUCCACUGAAGUCGCUGAUGACUUAUUAAUUACACUUCAUCAGAACUGAAUAUUAAAUGUCCAUUGAACAAAGAUGACAAAAGAUGAAAAUUCAUCAAGUGAAUGAGUUUACCACAAAGGCGCCAAGUUUCUUUGACCGCUCUAUUUCUGUGAGCGUGUACGAGGUUGCGAAGUUGUACCACUGGGAAAUGCGCAGACUUGGGCAAUUUGCGCUAGUGUUGUUCUGUGUCUCAGUCAGUAUAAUUUAGAGGGUUAUAGUGAGGCAAAAGAUUGUUCAGAACAACUAUGCUGAUCUUUACUCCAUUGAAACUGAUGAGAGUUUUAGCAUGGACGGGCCAGGAUUACACUUGGGGGUUGUUUUUGGAACUGUGUGUAGCGGUUUGGAAGUGAACCGAAAUAUCCCAAACCACAGAAACUGCCUUUCUUUGUACCCUGUUAGUUAAAAUCCAAGUGGCCCUAAAAUUUGCGCCAGCACAUCCAGUGAAAUCCUAUUAAUUGAAAGUAUUCUUUCUGUAAAGCUUGAAGAUAAAUUUUGGUGAAGCUGAAAAAUCUGGUCAAUGCUGAUGACCAGUACGAAUAAGUGGACGUAAAAAAUAGAACCAUGGGUCACACAUCUCAAAAUAGGAAGGUGAAUGAAUGUUGGGCUGCACAGAGGUUAGAAUAGGACAUAAAUGCUCUGAUUAUUUUGAUUUGUUUGUUCUACUCCCUUGCAACCAUCCGCAGUGAAAGACAUACCUUCUUUUUCUUGAAAAGAAAUUGGUAUGUAUGGUUUACGGAAUGUCAAAAAAUGAGUUCUUUGUGUUAAUAAAGUCCUUAAAAUAUUCUUCUUUUUAAUCGGUUGUGUUCCAGUGAAAUAAACUUUGUUAUUCUUAAGUAAUUUCUUAAUAAAGAAUAAAUUCUUAAAGCAUUUAAACUAAAUUCUUUAGGACAACUAAGGUUUACAUGAAUGUUCCUUCAAAUAAAAGCGACAGGAAGUAUGUCAACAGAAUCUUGAUGCUAUUUGACCAACUUUAAACAUUGCCUUCAUCUUCUUACGGAAACUGGCAGUAACUGAACGAGAAAUCCAUGUUAUAUAAACUUUAGUGUUGAUUUUUUUCAAUAAUUUGGGCUAUUCUUUUGGUUUUCUGAUGAAAUGUUAAUGUGUCCACAACAAGUAUUUCUGAGGGAAUACAAAAAUCAGAUUGCUAAAUCGUUUUUUUUUUUAAAGUGCAGUUCAUGUUCUCAAUCUCUUUUAAACCUACAUUAAGACUUGGUGCAUUGAAAGCUUUGUAAAGAAAUCAAGUUUUUUUUGCAAAUCAGUGUAAUCUGACACAUCACAUAAUGAGAAUCAACCACUUGCAGUACUUUCUGCUUAACAUUAAUUCUUUCCUUCACUCAGACAUAGUUUUGGAACACUUGCUAACGUGAAUUCUGCUUGUGGACUCAGAGAGACAAGAAUACUCUGUUAGCUUUGUUCGCUUGCCUGAUAUUUGUCACAUCUCCCUUUUUGUCUUUCACUGAAUGCUCUUUGUGCAUGUCAGAUUUGUUUCCUGAAAUAUGCACUUGCAAAAACAGACAGGAAAUGGAUGGAAAAUAAAUGUUUGAAUCAAAUAAAAUCCCAUGGCACAGAU